AUGCUACGAAACUCGCAGGGACUUGCGCCAAACUUCCAAAACAUCGGCCAACCAAUCACAGGCCCCCUCCCUGGCGUCCAACCACCAGUCCAAGCAUAUGCAAAGAAACGACACGUGUCAAAAGAGACUUGUCUGAUUCAUUCAGUGUCGUUGCGGCCAGGGCAGCAUUCCAAUUACAAGCGGCGGUUGUACAAACUGCGGCUGUGGGCGCUGUGCAUAUUGCACUACAACAAAAGUGCAAGUACGCACAGCGGCUUCUAA